CUUACACACACACACACUCUCUCUAACCUUUGCACUUUGGGUUGCCACUAAAACCACUUUGUUCUUUUGGGAGGUUACCUUUCACCUUGUUGGGGUUUUUUCUAUUUCAAAGCUGUGAUUUUUAUAUAUGUAUAUAUUUUAUAAUAUGGCGUUUUUGGUCUGGCUUUUCUCAUUCAAAGGUGUCGGUUUCUAAAGCAUUUAUUGGUUGAGAGGCUCUCUAAGCUCCAUAGUUCUUGCUUUGUUAGCUAGUUUCUUCACAUCUUCCUCUCAGGGUUUUUCUUUGCUAAACUUAAAGUUUCUGUUGAUUUCGUGAUGUGGGUCUUUGUUGUUUUGAGCUCUGGUUGACUGAUUUAUCCCUUUAAGAUAUAUUUUCAAUUUGUUGCUAGUUCUUGGUCUUCAAAGUUAUCGAGGAAAGGUGAUUUGUUUUGUUUAGUUGAUGGCGAGCGGUUGUUCAAAGAAUGUUGAGUCACGUCCUCUACUUCUUGAUCUGAUUCCUCAACGGAGAGAGUGGCAUCAUGUGAAGAGAGAAGAUGAAAUAAAGGAUGGAUCUUCAGAGGAGAAGAAGCUGGAACUGAGGCUUGGUCCACCAGGUGAGGAAAACUGGUUGUCGUCCAUCAGAAACAACACGGAGGGAGAUGAGUCUUUACUCUCACCCGGGUACUUCUCUUCUUCAAUGAAGAACAAUGGAAAACUAGCACACAAGUUUCCAUGUCCAGAGGACAACCACCCUGUUGGUGUUGGGUCAGUUUUGUCCACUCCAUGGGGCAAAAACCACCACCAACAGCAGACAAAGACUUGUUCAUUUCUCCAGUUCCCAUCAACAACUGCCCCACCGAAUAGCUUACCUUUUAUGGCAAAGGAAUCGUCACAGCCCUGCAGCAAUAAAGUGGUGGACUUGCAGGAUGCUGAGAGAAAAGCAUUUAAACCUCCUGCAAAUACAGCUGUGCCUCUCAAUACUUCUCAUAAAAGAACUGCUCCUGGACCAGUUGUGGGUUGGCCUCCAAUUCGCUCCAUAAGGAAAAAUCUCGCCAGUUCUUCAAAACUAUCUUCUGAUUCACCAAGUGUGGACCCUCCCCAGAAGGUGGCUAGUGAAAAACCAGGAGCUGAACCUAAUGGCAAAGGCCUGUUUGUGAAAAUCAACAUGGAUGGUGUUCCCAUAGGAAGGAAAGUGGAUCUCAAAGCCUAUGAUAGCUAUGAAAAACUGUCAACUGCUGUGGAUGAACUCUUCAGAGGCCUCCUUGCUGCUCAAAGAGAUUCCUCUGCUGGUGGAAUAGUGAACGAGGAAGACGGGGAGAAAGCGAUUACCGGCGUAUUGGAUGGAAGUGGAGAAUAUACACUUAUUUAUGAGGAUAACGAAGGAGACAGUAUGCUUGUUGGGGAUGUCCCAUGGCACAUGUUUGUGUUGACGGUGAAGAGGCUGCGCGCGUUGAAGAGCUCCGAACUAUCCGCACUUUGUCUUGGGAGCGGUAAGCAGGGGGGAAGAUGAAGGCUUGAAACUCUUGGACACCAUAAUAACAAGAGUUUUCCUCGGAAGAUUCUCCAUUGAAGUUGGAAAAGAAAGAGACCUUUGAAUUAUGUUUUUUUUACCCUAUUUUGCAAUGAAACUUAUUGCACUCAACGGUAUAUGUAAGUCGUUCUAUAUGCAAGUUUUGAUGUGUUUUCCAUUAGCUUAAACGUCGAUGGAAUUUGGUGCAAAUAUCGGUUGGAUUUGAUAUGUAAAUUGUGUUUUGUACU